AUGGUCUUCCUGCAGCAAGUUGUACAUAGCAUCAACGUUCUCUGGAAUGACCGUCGUGGUACGAUGACGGCCUUCACACGAUUCGCCACUGAUCUUUACUUGACCACGCUUAAAAUUUCUGUCCCGAUCAUAAACAGUUUUUUAGGAACAUUUUUAUUCACACUGGCGGCGGCGGUCACGGCAUGGCCCUCGUUCGAAGGUCACGGUCUGCAUGAUGAACCGAAGCUCAUCUCGCAAUCGGUGCAUCUGCACGAGGUGCCGACCAAGAUCAUCAAGGUCACCAAGACGGUAGCUAUCAAGGUUCCCGUACCGUAUCCCGUUAAGGUGCCCCAUCACAUUCCGUUUCCGGUGCCGGUGAAACAUCCCGUGGCGGUUCCGGUGCCGCAGAUAGUGAAAGUGCCGCAGCACGUGCCCGUGCCGGUGGAGAAGCCGGUGCCGGUGGAGCUGCACCAGCAGGUACCGCUGGUGGUGUCCAAGCCGGUGCCGAUACCGCAUCCAAUCCCGGUGCCGCAUCCGAUCACGCUCACCAAGCCGGUCUUCAUUCCGGUGCCGAAGACGAUCCCGAUCCCGCAAUCAGCCCACGACAACGUCGGAGGCGGCGGCGUCAGCGGGGACGACGAACACGUCGGCCACGAGACUAACUACGGUAGCUACACCGUGAACGUUCCGGGUCAUGGAGCGGUGUACGAUCAGCGGGGCGACGAUCAGGCGCAUUUUCAACCCUCCCAGCCCGACUACUCGGGUCAUUAA